AUGGAUGCGCAAGAGACCUACGUGGGGAUGAGAGGCAGGUCUCUCGAGAACGAAAAAAAGAUCUGCGGUGUCAUGAAGUUUAUGAACGACGAGCAGCUUGAAUUGUCCAAGCUAUUGCAGGCCACCACAGACGAAAUGGUACUACGGUGCAAGACACGUCUGCUUGCGUUCCUAGAUGAUGAUAUACUCCGCCGAGUCUUUAGGCUGGGCGCUAUGAACGGGGACAAGCGUAGCGGUACUGGAAUAGCACCUUUCGAGAUCACUAUUGCUCAGGUCUGCCGCCGCUGGCGACAUCUAGCGCUAUCUUCGCCCACACUGUGGACGAACAUAUAUGUGGGGCGGCCUAGCAAGGGGACUCGCUCGCGUAUUCAAGCCUACAUUGAACGCUCUGGCACAGAAAAGCUCAAUAUUACAAUCAUGCCUGGGGGUUCAAAGAGAUUGCCUACUCGGGAGUUCCAACUACUUUGUGGGCAUGUUGACCGAUGGCAGAGCUUCAAGCUAACGCUUAUAACGCGUCCAUCUAGCGAUGUGCAGCGAUUUUUUGAACCUCUCGCCAAUGUUAGCGCUCGUGAGCUCCAGCACUUCGAGAUCCGCGUUUCACCAGAACUUUGUACUCAGAGUUGCGCCCCACUCUUUUUGAAGGCCCAGCUAUUUGGUGCAGGGGCACCACAGCUGCACACCAUGCUCUUGGGCGGCGCGGGCUGCAUACUCCCGGAGCCGCACAUGUUCAUGCGUCUCACGACGCUCAUGCUGGCGCCUCCUCACCACGUCAUGUGGCUGACAUACAAGGAUCUACGUGCAGUUCUCAAUGCAACCGUAUCAUUACGGCGACUCAUCAUCAACGGGAGCGUUGUAGUUCCUGUUGCUACUAGACGGCGGGUUUUACUUAACAGGUUGGAAACUUUGGAGUUGUCUUCAGAUCACAGCGAUCUUCUUUUCUCGCUGCUUGAGAUGCCAGUGCUCAAGGCAUUGGAUCUCGAUGGACGCAGCCUUACUCAGUCCAGGAUGGAACGCGUCAUGGACGCGUUCUGGAAGCCUCAUGGGGCUCUGCGUUUUCCCUCUCUAACCUCGCUGACAUUGAGGUCUUUCGAAUGCAUGCUGGUGCUCGGUCGUCCCGAUGCAAUGCCUGCUCUGGAAGAGCUUGCGAUCAUCGCUGAUGCCAGGACUGGCAUUAGGGAUGAUAUACUGCUCACAUUGACAGAAAAAAAUCGAAACGACGACCAGGUUCUAUGGCCGCGACUACAGAAACUCAAGCUAGGCGGUCGGUUCAAGCUUUCACUUCUAUGGGACGUAUGCCAGGAGCGUGCCGGGCUGGGGCACCGUUUGACGGAGCUCUCCAUCCCACGCUCUUGCAUCGAAGAAGAGCUGUGUGAGUGGUUCGAACGAUACUUCGUCCUGCAAUACCACGAAGACACGUGUUGGUCCAUAGCUCCUGAUUUACCGGAGAUCGCCAUAGAAGAGGACGAUCCUAGCUCUAUUGAACCGACCGUAGAGGAUAAUAGAAACUAUUAUUCCUCGGACUCUGACAGUCCUAUCUCAAGCGACUCUUCUGAGGAAUGA